AUGGAUACUCUGAGGGCGGUGUAUCGUUUUAUCACCUGGCCUGUGACUCAAAUUGUUGAAAAGACAGUGGAAGUUCCUAUUCGAUCAACCGGUGGCGCACAUGCUAAACUGGCCGGUGUGCUUGGAGCAGCAGCGAUUGCUGCGUUAGCUUACGGUGCACAUGGCAUGACCUUAUUUGGAUUUAGCUUUCAAAAUAGUACAAAAUCUGAGGAGCGUCUCCGCACUUUUAAAAGUGGUGCAGACAUCCACAUUCUACACUCGUUGGCUUUAUUGGGCGUACGUUCUUCCAGAUUCCCACAACUGACGACCUCUCUGCUUCUGACCGGCACUAUCUUGUUCUCUGGGACUUGCUACUACACCGCCCUCUCGAAUGACAGUAGGUUUGUGAGCAUCGCCCCUGUCGGUGGCGUCACUCUCAUCCUCGCUUGGUUGUCCUUUGCUUUAUAA